UUAAAUUACAAUGAAAACUUUGUUUUGUGUUGUAUUUUCUUACAGAAAGCACACUACACAGAUUAUAUUCCCCUCCACUCCAAAUAGGAGGUUGACAACCCAUUUGUAGAGCUGUUGGAAGAUCAGUUCAAGGUUUUGCCUGUUGUUCAGAAGCAGCUCUCUUCCGCUAUGUUUUUAACUAGCAGUCCCAAGACUGGCUGAAAAGUAACUUCCAUUAUCAAGGCUGGUGUUCAGCAGACGUGGACAGACAGGCAAUUUAAUGCAGAUCUUUUCCAGCAUUAUAAAAUUCUUUCUUUAUGCUGUCUGGCCAAAGAUGUCUUCAGGUAAUUACAGCAAACAGAGCCAGCAAGUUCAAAAGUAUGCUCUGCUGUGAAGCUUCCAUUAGCAGACCACCACAUUAUAACGGUUGGCUACAGAACAUUUGGGUCCUCUCCAGUGGCCACCUACUAGCUGAUACGGUAAAGACUGCUUAGGGUCAUAAAAAAUUAAGAAGCUGAACACUUGCAGCAUGCUGGAAACCUGUUGUCAUUUGUUAUAUCCCAUAAAAAUAACCUGAAGGGUUAUAGGCACAGCUCUCAGAAGUUCAACAUUUAAAACUCUGCUCAUUUUUUCAGUAAUGUGAUCGAGAAAUAACAGCUGUUUUCUGGUUUGCUCUGUACCUUUAACCAGUUUGCUAAAUGCAAUAGUAAACACCCUUCUAAACAGGAAGUUCUAAAUCUUGUGAUUCAGAGGGUUCUGCAACUCCAAAGAUUUCCUAAGUUCCUCUUCCUUCAAGCAGAACAAUUUCCAGAGAGAUACAAGAAAUGGCACCUUUCAACAAAUUAAAAAAUGUGCUGAUGCUGGCAUUUGACUGGAUUCUGUACGGUGCUGGUGCUGCAGAUAGCUGCCAAGUCACUGUAACGCAACCCAGAUUUCAGGAAGCUGACUACUCCACACGCACCGCAUUCCUACCAUGUGCUUUCUCUGCUUCUGGAUGCUCCUCGUCCCCACCUCAAGUUCUAUGGUUUCGUUUUCUAACUAACAAACACGAAGAUUUGUGUACUCCUGGAUGCACAGAUGAUCAGAAGUACAAAGUACAUUUAUUACCAGGAAAUAACAUUUCACUUCAGAUCAACGAUCUGACUGUAGAUGACAAUGCUGUUUAUAUCUGUGGGAUAGCAUUUUCAGAUUCAAGUUCACCCCGUUCUAAACAAGCAGGAGAUGGAACAGUGCUAACGAAAACAGGAGCAGAGAAGCAGCACAGCAACGGAAAACUCAUCUUCAUGAUCAUCGCCUCAUCCUUACUGUUUCUAUACAGCACCACUGUAUUCACAGUCUUUGUAGUCUACAAGUUAAAACCAAAGCUGCUAAAGAAAAGCGGGAAGGAAGACCAAAGAACAGAGAACUGUAAAAUCAGUAGUGGACGAAAAAUUUUUCAAGCAAUUGCCCAAGAACUUCAAAAGCAGAGGUACGCUGAACAUUGCCGACAGCCUGAUGAUUUGGAAGAUGACACUGUUUAUCAGAACCGAUGAGCGUGUGCAGCAGUUCAGAUUUGUUCUAUAUUUCUGAUGGAAGCAAAGACACAGAUGAAGAAGUUAAGCUUCUUCACAGACUUCCUUUGCUCUAAAAAGAGAGGAGAAAACCUUCCAGGGGCAGCAUUCUUCAAGAGUAUUUUCUAAACAGAUCAUCAAAACAAAGCGCAUUGUACCUUACAUCUGUGUUAUAUAUUACUUUCAUUUUCCGUUGUGCAAGAAUAAGAACUGUGGGAAAAGACUUAAUCUUUCAAAAGAUAACUGCUAAUGCUUCAUAAAAGUUUCCUUUUUCAGUUUAGAUUUAAUCCUAUGUCCUUUUUUUCCCUUUUUACAUAAAUUUACAUGUAUUCCUUUUACAUGAAUUGAGCAUUUGUGAAAGAUGUGUGAUAAUUGACAUCAACGGAAAAUAAACUUGUUUCAUAGGUGAAAUUCUGUUUUUAGUCAUGUUAAUGCAAGAGUUAUUGAUUAACAGAUACACAGAUCGACAAUUCCUCAGUCUUAACAGCAGCUUUAACAGAGCAAACCCGAUGUAUUCUGAAGACAAGCAAGCACAAAACCCAGACACUAUAAAAACACAUGUACUGCAGCGGUAAAGCUCAUCUGGAAUGGGAGCUGCUUCUUAGCCUUUUUAGGAAAGGAAAGUAGUGGUCCUAGUGAGAAAGUUGCUCCUGCAAUAUUAAAAUUCACUUGCUAAACACGACAACCCCCAUCUUUCAGUCCUACUAUCCAAAGUCAGGAUUGCCUGGAGCACCAAGUUUUUGCCUUUACGUGCCUGUUCAACAGAGAUACAAGCAUGAACACAGAAGUUCAUGCUUUUAAAAAAAAAGGUGUUGUGGUUUUUUUUUUUUUAGCUGUUACUACCUAGCCAAACUACAAAAGCAGCACUUUUACAAGAGAGCUGUUAGUGUCAGGCAUUCUCCCUACUGAAGGACAGCUGCAUCUUUUAUCAUCAUUUAAAUAAAACAAGGCUUUGUUUAACAAAUGAAAUGGCACUUCUGAUUUCAGUUAGAUGAGAACUGACAACCAAGACAAGGCAAGGGUCUCUCUAGCACACUACGGUGUUUCCAGCUCAAUUUAGUACCAAGUAUUUCAGGAAGAUAGAAAACACACCUGUGUCUUCUUACCCCUGUCGAUCAAUCACAAGGACAUCAACAUGUUAGACAAGAAAAUUGCACAAUCCCAGGCUGCUAGUGUUUACUACUUCUUAAGUACGGUGUCUCUGACAUUUUUAGGGAAACUUAAAGCAGUCUAGUCAUAUAUUAUCUAAUAAUGCCUUUAUACAAAUAUGACGUCGAUAUUAGGAAAUACAAAGGAUUUUUAUAUGACCCUAUGGGAUACCUAUUAAAAAUAUAAAGUUAUAAUUAUACAUGGUCUUAUGUGACUGACUAGUCUAAUACCUUAUGAUUCAUCUGCCUUACUUGCCACAUUUAGACAUGUGCAGUAAGUGCAUUAUUUGUUGUUCUGUUUCUGUUUAAAAAUAAAACUCUGAAAAGUCCCAGAAAGAAUUUAUGAUUAAGCUACUUUCAACUCUAGGUGUCACUGUAAUUCCAGACACAGUAAGCACAGAAAUAUAGUUUACCUCCUCCUCCACCUUGCUUUGUUCUCUUAAAGCAAGUUUCCAUAAUUAAUCUCCCAUUACAUGUAAUAACCCAAAUACCUCCUUUUGAUUCAAAUAAUUUAUCCAUUUCUAGAAACUGAUCUAUACACUGAUCAAACACCUCACCUGCCUCAUCUCUUCUCCGUUUGCUUCUCCCUCUAAAAUUCAAAAGUUUCUCCAGGUGGGUCCAAACUGUAUUCAAUUAGCUGCUACAAGAAGUUACUUAAGCCAUGAAACGUCCUGCUCUUUCAAUGUUCCAAGUAUAUUUUUUUUGUUCAAUAUAAAGCAUAUGUACAUA